AAAAUCAUCCGCAAACUUCUGCGAGAACGGCUUCGCCGAUUCACAGUUUGCGGAUGAUUUGGUUUUUGUUCAUACACCGAUGAACGUAAAAGAAAUUACAGACAAUCCUUAUAUAACAAGCAAACAACAUUGUUCACAGUGCCGGACUGAUGCUCUGGUAUGAGUGUACAACAGAUGUCCAUGUGGUCAUGUUUCCUCUAUGUCAUCGCCAACAUCAUUGGCCUCGUCCUGCACUGGCUGUACUACCAGGAGAAGUCGCAAAGCACAUCCAACUCAAGCACGGACAUCGCGGAGAUGAAGAAGGUAAUGCAGUACAAACCCACCCCAUCGCUUCUGGCCAUGCUCGGACUCCAGGCUCACCACACGUUCUUCGCAUUCGAAGACCAUUUCAACACGUUCGAGGAAGUGAGUCUCGCGUGCAGAAAAGCAGGGCUGGAGAAGUGUGGUCUGAUAAUUGGGGUGGACUUCAGUGCCAGUAACGAGUGGCAGGGCAGGAAGACGUUUUCGAGUCAGAAUCUUCACAGGAUAAUACCAGGAAGGAUUUACAACCCAUACCAGAAGGUGAUCUCCAUCAUUGGGAAGACGUUGGAACCGUUUGACGAUGACAAUUUGAUUCCAGCGUUCGGCUUCGGUGACAGAUCUACUCUUGGAAUGGAUGUCUUUUCUUUCGUAUCAUCUGGGGAAAUGUGUUGUGGUUUUUCAGAAGUAUUGGAUCGCUAUUCUGAUAUCGCUACAAGAGUCGAACUAGGUGGACCAACAAAUUUUGUGCCUGUGAUUUACAAAGCCAUAGAUAUAGUGAAAGAAAGCAGCAAGUAUCAUAUUUUGAUCAUCAUCGCAGACAGGCAGGUUAAUGAGGAACAAACGACAAUUGCCGCGAUUGUGGAGGCCUCCAAUCAUCCGCUGAGUAUUAUUCUGGUUGGUGUGGGCGACGGACCGUGGGAUGUUAUGGAAGAUUUCGAUAACUGUUUACCACAGAGGGAAUUUGAUAAUUUUCAGUUUGUUAAUUUUCAUGCCGUUACCGCGAAAGCCAGAAAUCCAGAAACAGCUUUUGCCCUGCACGCAUUGAUGGAAAUUCCUGAUCAAUAUAAAACAAUAAAAGCCCUUGGUUACAUCACACAGACUAAUGAAGGCAAUGGUAACUGUGUACAAAGUCUGGAGGCAGAACAGUUAGAACACAAAGCUUGUUGAUCAUGCAAAGGACAUAUUUAUUUAAUGACAUAACGCCAUUUUGACAGGUUAUUGAGGGAGAGAGAGAGAGAGAGAGAGAGAGAGAGAGAGAGAGAGAGAGAGAGAGAGAGAGAGAGAGAGAGAGAGAGAGAGAGAGACCACCCUGCUGUGCCACAGAGUCCUUCCAUGACGCACUUUGUAUGCACUUUCUCAUAAGCAGGACGAUACCUACCAUAAUGUUUGAUAGACUAGUCAUAGAGAACUGAUUAUUAUGCAGACAAAGACAGACGUGUAUGAAACAUCUAGAAUGACAGGGAGAUUAGUGUGCAAGGGAUAUGUUAAUUGAUUCACUCACUUAAACUGUAUUUUUGGAGUUUUGACUUGUAUAUGGAUGGAUGAGUGGGUGUGUAUUUGGGUGGAUGGAUGGAUGGAUAUAGAGAUAUAGAGGUGAAUGGAAGCUGGAUGGAUAGUUUAUUAUUACUGUGUCAUAAUGUUACAGAACACCACAAUGAUUGUAUGUAAGGAAUAAAGCCAUUCACUAUUA